GGCGCGGGGAGGGCGCAGAAGCCGGUCGGCCUGUGCUCGCCGCCGCCGCACGCCGGGAGGAUGAGGCUCGCUGUCGGUGCCCUGCUGGCCUGCGCUGUCCUGGGGCUGUGCCUGGCUGUCCCUGAGAAAACUGUGAGAUGGUGCGCCGUGUCAGAUCAUGAGGCCAGUAAGUGCUCCAGUUUCCGUGAGAGUAUGAAAAAAGUCUCUCCAGCAGAUGGUCUCCGACUUGCGUGUGUGAAGAAAGCCUCCCACCUUGAUUGCAUCAAGUCUAUCGCGGCAAACGAAGCAGAUGCUGUAACACUGGAUGCAGGCUGGGUGUAUGAGGCAGGCCUGACUCCCAACAACCUGAAGCCUGUAGUGGCAGAGUUCUAUGGGUCUAAAGAUGAUCCACAGACCUACUACUAUGCUGUUGCCGUGGUGAAGAAGGACAGCGGCUUCAUGCUGAAUGAGCUCCGAGGCAAGAAGUCCUGCCACACAGGCCUGGGCAGAUCCGCGGGGUGGAACAUCCCCAUUGGCUUGCUUUAUUGUGACUUACCUGAGCCACGUGUGCCUCUUGAGAGAGCAGUGGCCAAUUUCUUCUCGGGCAGCUGUGUCCCCUGUGCGGAUGGGGAGGCCUUCCCCCAGCUGUGUCAACUGUGUCCAGGGUGUGGCUGUUCCUCCCUUGAACCAUACUACAGCUACUCAGGAGCCUUCAAGUGUCUGAAGGAUGGUGCUGGGGAGGUGGCCUUUGUCAAGCAUGCGACUAUAUUUGAGAACCUGGCAAACAAGGCCGACAGGGACCAGUAUGAGCUGCUCUGCCUGGACAACACCCGGAAGCCAGUGGAUGAAUACAAGGACUGCCACUUGGCCCGGGUCCCUUCUCACGCCGUUGUGGCCCGAAGUGUGGACGGCAAGGAGGACUUGAUCUGGGAGCUUCUCAACCAAGCCCAGGAACAUUUUGGCAAAGACAAAUCAACAGAAUUCCAACUGUUCAGCUCUCCUCAUGGGAAGGACCUGCUGUUUAAGGACUCUGCCCACGGGUUUUUAAAAGUCCCCUCUAGGAUGGACUCCAGGCUGUACCUGGGAUAUGAGUAUGUCACUGCUAUUCGGAAUCUACGGGAAGGCACAUGCCCAGAAACCUCAAAGAAUGAAUGCAAGACAGUGAAGUGGUGUGCACUGAGCCACCACGAGAGGCUCAAGUGUGAUGAGUGGAGUGUUAAAAGUGAUGGGGAAAUAGAGUGUGAAUCAGCAGAGACCACCGAAGACUGCAUUGCCAAGAUCAUGAAUGGAGAAGCUGAUGCUAUGAGCUUGGAUGGAGGGUAUGUCUACAUAGCAGGCAAGUGUGGUUUGGUGCCUGUCCUGGCAGAGAACUACGAAACAAAAGACAAGUGUAUGGAAACACCAGAGAAAGGGUAUCUUGCUGUGGCAGUAGUAAAGAAAUCAGAUCCUGACAUCACCUGGAACACUCUGAAAGGCAAAAAGUCCUGCCACACCGGAGUUGACAGAACCGCUGGCUGGAACAUCCCCAUGGGCCUGCUCUACAAUGAGCUCCACCACUGCAGAUUUGAUGAAUUUUUCAGUGAAGGCUGUGCCCCAGGGUCUCUGAAAAAUUCUAGUCUCUGUAAGCUGUGUAUGGGCCCAGAUCCCAACACAUGUAAGGCCAACAGCAAAGAGAGAUACUAUGGCUACACAGGGGCUUUCAGGUGUCUGGUUGAGAAGGGCGAUGUGGCCUUUGUGAGAUACGAGACUAUUCUGCAGAACACUGAGGGAAAUAACACGGAUGCAUGGGCUAAGGAUCUGAAGAAGGGUGACUUUGAGUUGCUGUGCCCUGAUGGUUCCAGGAAGUCUGUGGAUGAUGUUGGCAGCUGCCACCUGGCCCGAGGCCCAAAUCAUGCUGUGGUCUCACGGAAAGAAAAGGCACAUUGUGUCCAUGAGCUGUUAAAGCACCAGCAGAUCAAGUUUGGAGGUCCUCCAUGCACGAACGAUUUCUGUUUGUUCCGGUCUGAAACUAAGGACCUUCUGUUCAAGGACAACACUAUAUGUCUGGCCAAACUUCCGGACAAAACCACAUAUGAACAAUACUUAGGAGAAGAAUAUGUUACCUCUGUUGGUAACCUGAGAAAAUGCUCAACGUCACCAAUCCUCCCACCUCAGAACUACCACUCCCGUGAGGCUCCGCUCUCCGCACGUGCACCGGGCCCAGGGCCACGUCACUUUUGCGGCAAGAGACCACGCGUCUCAUCCAUGGCUUCCGCGGACUCUCGCCGCGUGGGGGAUGGCAGCGGUGCUGGGGGCACCUUCCAGCCCUACCUAGACUCCUUGCGGCAGGAGCUACAACAGACAGAUCCGACGCUAUUGUCAGUAGUGGUGGCGGUUUUUGCGGUGCUGCUGACGCUGGUGUUUUGGAAGUUCAUCCGGAGCAGAAGGAGCAGUCAGAGAGCUGUUCUUCUUGUGGGUCUGUGUGACUCCGGGAAAACAUUGCUCUUUGUCAGGUUGUUAACAGGACUUUAUAGAGACACACAGACAUCCAUUACUGACAGCUCUGCUAUAUACAGAGUCAACAAUAACAGGGGCAAUAGCCUGACCUUGAUUGACCUCCCCGGCCAUGAGAGCUUGAGGCUUCAGUUCUUAGAGCGAUUUAAGGCUUCAGCCAGGGCUGUUGUGUUUGUUGUGGAUAGUGCAGCAUUCCAGCGAGAGGUGAAAGAUGUGGCUGAGUUUCUGUAUCAAGUCCUCAUUGACAGUAUGGGUCUGAAGAACACACCAUCAUUCUUAAUAGCCUGCAAUAAGCAAGAUAUUGCAAUGGCAAAAUCAGCAAAGUUAAUUCAACAGCAGCUUGAGAAAGAACUUAAUACCUUACGAGUUACCCGUUCUGCUGCCCCCAGCACCCUGGACAGUUCCAGCACUGUCCCUGUUCAGCUGGGAAAGAAAGGCAAAGAGUUCGAAUUCUCACAGUUGCCUCUCAAAGUGGAGUUCCUGGAGUGUAGUGCCAAGGGUGGGAGAGGGGACGCUGGCUCUGCGGACAUCCAGGACUUGGAAAAAUGGCUGGCUAAAAUCGCCUGAGGGGCAGCACCAAAGCACAAGACAUGGACAUAUGUGUGUGAUGGACUCAGUUUUGGGAAAAGGGCUAUGGUAGUCUGGAGUUGAUAAAGAAAAGGUACAAAAUGUGGUUAGAAACAUUUCCUUGUUCUAGAAACAAGUUACUGUUGAAACCAGCUUGGAAUUUUUUUUUUUUAAGUUCAGUUCUCCCUCAUGGCUCCCUUUCAAGCAAGUCACUUUUAUUUGACCUUUGUAUCUUCCCUUUGUUAAGGUGUGUUUAACAUCUAGUGUAUGUUUGAUGGAGGGCCAAGGUCUUUGUGACAUAAGAAGCUGACUCCACGCAGAGAGGAUACUAGCAGGAGAAUAUGCUUAUCAUCUGGAAAGUGUUCUUCUCCUCUGCUUCUGUGCUUUGUGUCCUUUCCCCUGGAAACAGACUUGCCUGUUUAUGAAGCCAGUUGAUUUCUAGUUGCCCCUGAGGUUCAUGAGCAAUACAUUGUCUAGUCCUUUGUGAAUUCCCAGAUUUGUAGGCAUAGUUACAAUACAGUUUCCCCACAUGCGAAGACAGCUACAAAACAGCAGGUCUGAGUGGACAGUGGGUCUGUUCUUUAUCAGGUCAGUGACUUGUCCACACUCCAGUCUUAGCACUUAUGUUUCAGAAGCUUGUCACAAACCCCUGGAGUCAUUCCUAGAUAAUAGAACUAGAAAUGCCAACUCCCCAAAUGCCAAGGGUCUAGUGUGUUCUCGUGGUUACACUGGGGAACGUAUGGAGGUUUAGAUGCUCUUCCACUUCUCUGGGUGGCUGAGGGUUCCUGGGCCAUCCUUAUGUGCUGCUUGAACAGCUCCAAUUUUGCACCCUUGCUGGAAUGCUGUGGGACAGAUACAAAGUGAAAAAAGUUGUCUGUAGAUAUCUGAAGUGCAUAUUCGUUGAAGCUAAAAAAGUAAAAAUAAAAGUCUGCCUUUUCAAAGUGG